GCGGCAGCUGUCAGCUGGCUAGCUAGCUCGCUCGCUCGCUCGUCACUCGGUCGGAGCACACUAGUGCUCUUCCCUUUUAGCCCCUGGCGUUUCGGGCCGAGCGCCCCUCCGCCGCCGCCGUCGCCGUCGAUCCCCUCCGGAGGAAGCUGCGGGCUGGCAUGAGCGAGGGGGCCAUGGAGGAGGCAGGCAAGGAGCACAACUCCUACAAGCGCCUGUGCCUAGCUGUCAGUGGUGGCGGUGGUGACUCGGCGGCGGCGGCGUGGCGGACGAACAGGGUGGCGCGCGCGGCGGCCGGUGGCAAGGACCGGCACAGCAAGGUGGUGACCUCGCGCGGCCUCCGGGACCGCCGCAUCCGGCUCUCGGUGCCGACGGCGAUCCAGUUCUACGACAUCCAGGACCGCCUCGGCGUCGACCAGCCCAGCAAGGCUAUCGAGUGGCUCAUCCGCGCCGCCACUGCUGCCAUCGACGGUCUCCCGUCGCUCGACUGCUCCUUCCUUCCAUCCGCCGCUGCCUCCCCGCCGCGUGAUGACGCAGCGGAGGUCAGCACCUCGGAGACCAGUAAGGGCUCCGUGCUCUCACUCGCCAAUGGGCCCAGCGACAGCAGCAACGCCGCCGCUCACCAUGCCAAUGCAUACAACAGCGGUGGCGGCAGUGGCACGUUCGCCGAGCUCCUGCUCUGCUCUCCAGCUGCCGACAAGUCAAUGCAGCAGCAACAGCAGCAGCCUACGCUUGCCUACUACGCCGCCCCUCAGAGCUCGCCCAUGUCCUUCGAGAUGUUUCCCCAGCUUGCCUUCUCCCAGGAGCAGCAGCAGCACCACCACCAUGCCGCGGUCGCCUUCGACCGGAGUACACUUCAGUCCAAUGCCGUUGCCGUGCCGAUGUGGCAGCCAUCCCAAUACCCGUUCAUGAUGCAAAGGUUCUCCGCUGCUCCAGCUGAAGCGUCAUCCACCUUCCCCUUCUUUGUUGGAGGCGGUGGUAGUACCGCUGCUCCGGCGACAUCCAAUGGGUCAGAGCGGAGGCUGCAGCUCUGGGACUUCAAGCAGGAACGCAAGACGUGAUUACUUCUCGGAGAGUACCCUGUGAACUGUGAUUGGUGUCAUGGCUGGCCACGGUAAGCAAGCCAGAAGAAGAGGGAUACCAGGAAAACAGGAUACCAGCAUCCUCAUGAAGGCGCGACGAAAGAAAGCGUGCGCAGUUCCAGAUUUUUGUCUUUCUGCGCGUGAUUUUGAACCGUCAUAGUGUUCUCUGAUGGUGUAUGAUUUGUUCCCUCACCCUCUGUUGCUGUGAUAAAAAACCAAUUUUUUUUUUGGUUGUUGUACUCCGAUAAUUUGACUCAUCCAUGAAGGUUUUACCCCUUGUGUGUGUGUGUGUGUGUGUGGCUUUGGUACUGAAAUCUGUGCUUAAAUAAUGUCUGGCCCCACAUGUCAGUGGGAUAUUGGUGGCAUGUGAGGUACACAGAUGUAACAGCAUCACCAAUGGGUAUUUUAUUGCCCUUCUGAACUGUAUGAGCUAUGCCGUUCUUAAAA